AAGUCAGUGAAGGAUGAUGGCAUCUGGUGAGCAGCAUUGUGACACAGUAGAGGAGCUGGAAGAAGAAAAGCUGGAACACAAGGAAGUCCAGAAGAGCAGUGGUGCUCAGACUGGAGUCAGUGUUGAUCUGAAUGCUCAGUCGGGAGGAGCUGUAAUUGCUUCUGUACUCACUGAAAACACCUUCACAGGCCCAGUGACCUUCAACUACAGCACUGCAGUACACGAGCCACAAAAACUCCCAGAGAUGGCAGAGAAAGACACAGAAAAAAAAGAUUUGAAUCUGGAAAAAAUCUUGGAAAUUCACAAAUCCAACAUGAAGAAAAAAUCAGAACGUAUUUUUGAGUGCAAAAAAGAAAAUGAAGCACAUCUCCGGGUUGUUUACUCAGAGCUCUUCAUCACAGUGGGAGAUAUGAAAGAUGUUCAUCAGGAACAUGAGAUUCUGAAGAUUGAUGAUGCUUUCAAGAACAAACAAACACAGGACAAACCAAUCAAUUGCAAUGAUAUAUUUACACUUUUAAGGGAAAACAAAGAUUCGACAGAAAAGAUUGUGCUGACCAAGGGAGUCGCUGGCAUUGGAAAAACUGUCACUGUGCACAAAUUUAUCCUGGACUGGGCAGAAGGUGAAGCCAAUCAGGAUAUACACUGUGUGUUCCUGCUUCCAUUCAGAGAGAUUAACUCUAUAAACGAUGAAGAUUUCAGUCUCCAUGAGCUUCUGCUGGAAUUCUAUCCUGAACUGGAGGGCCUGGAGAAAACCAAGUUUUAUAAGGAAUGCAAUAUAGUGUUUAUAUUUGAUGGACUUGAUGAGAGUCGUCUGGCUUUGAAUUUUCAAAAUAGAGCAUCACCAAGAGCCAUUGUUGAGAAAAGGUCAUCUGUAGAUGUGCUGUUCACAGGUUUGGUCAAAGGAAAUCUGCUUCCAUCAGCUAUGGUCUGGGUGACCUCACGACCAGCAGCAGCCAACCAGAUCCCUCUUGACCUUGUGGGCUUGUUCACAGAGGUGCGAGGAUUCACUGACCGGCAGAAAGAGCAGUACUUCAGAAAGAGAAUCACAGAUGAGACCCUGGCCGACAGAAUCAUCUCACACAUUAAGACGAAUCGUAGUCUCUACAUCAUGUGCCACAUCCCUGUGUUCUGCUGGAUCACAGCCACAGUACUUCAGAAUAUUCUCAUCAAGAACAGUGAAGAAAAUAUCAGCACAACACUCACUGAAAUGUACAUCCACUUCCUGCUGAUACAGAUGAACAUCAAGAGCCAGAAAUAUGAUAAACAAGAAGAAAGACAACGUACCAAGCUCUUAGAUUCAAAUAGAGAAAUGAUUAGAAAAUUAUCCAAACUAGCAUUUGAAGAGCUGAAGAAGAAAAACAUUGUAUUCAGUGAGGAAGAUCUGAAAUCAUGUGGUAUUAUUGUGAGUAAAGAUACUGAGUUCACAGGAAUGAUCGCUGAGAUCUUUAAGAAAGAAGAUGGACUUCAUGAAGUGAAGGUCUUCUGCUUUGUGCAUCUGAGUGUUCAAGAGUUUCUCGCUGCAGUGCAUGUGUUCCUUUGUUACCUGGACAAGAACAUGCAGGAGCUUCAGUUUUUCUUUGAUACGCCAGAAGAAAAUAUCACACUGCAGAAGCUAAUGCAGAAGGCUGUUGAUAUAGCCAUGAAGAGUCAGAGAGGACAUCUGGACUUGUUCCUGCGGUUUCUGAUGGGCGUUACACUGGAAUCCAGUCAAAACCUGCUCCAAGGUCUGAUCACACACACUGAAGACAUCUCAGAGAGCAUCAGACAAACAACUCAAUACAUUAAACAAGUGCAAAACAAGAAUAUCUCAGAUGAAGCUUCAGUCAACCUGUUCUACUGCUUACUUGAGCUCAAGGAUCGUUUAUUAUAUGAGCAAAUCCAAAGAUACCUCAGUUCAGAUGAACAUCCCGGAAGAAACCUCUCAUCUUCUAUGUGUUCAGUGCUGAUCUACAUACUGCUGAUGUCAGAGAAGGUGCUGGAUGAGUUCAACCCAAAGAGGUACACAUCAAAACAAGGAGGGUUUACAAAACUUGUUCCAGCUGUGAGAUGCUGCAGAAAAGCUCUAUUUGACGGCUGUGGUCUUGAUAAAACAUGCUGUGAAGCUGUAUCUUCAGCUCUUCAAUUAUCAGACUCUUGUCUGACAGAGCUAGACCUGAGUAGCAAUCACUUGCAGGAUACAGGAGUGAAGCUGCUGUAUGAUGGACUGAAGAAUCCACACUGUCAGCUGAACAUACUGAGGCUCUAUAGCUGUAAUCUCACUACUCAGUCUUGUGAAAGUUUGUCAUCAGUUUUACAAUCCUCAAACUCCCGUCUGAGAGAUCUGGAUCUGAGUAAUAAUGAUCUGAAGGAUUCUGGUGUGAAGCUGCUUUCUGAUGGACUGAAGACAAACUGUCAUCUGGAGAUAUUGAGGUUUUCCAUAUGUAAUCUCACUGCUCAGUCUUGUGAGAGUUGGUCAUCAGUUCUACAAUCCUCAACCUCUUGUCUGAGAGAUCUGGACCUGAGUAACAAUGACCUGAAGGAUUCUGGUGUGAAGCUGCUUUCUGAUGGACUGAAGAGUCAAAACUGUCAGCUGAAGAAAUUGAGGUAAAUUGUUUUCCAAAACAAUUGUUUAACAACAUGCUACCACAUUUUGUUUGAGAGAGAAGCAUGACACCAUAUUCAUUAACCCUCAAAGACCGAGACA